UUUCCAUUUUCCACCAAAUUUCUGAUCACGCGUAUUUUACGCACAAAGACUUCGAUACCUCAACCCAAAAUUCAUUUUCAAUCCGUUCCCAUUGACGCUGAGCAACCACAAUUCGGUGUCCGGAGUCUUCCCCGGACUCCACCGAUCUCAAAGCCCCUGUCUUUUUCUCUUGUAAUUCAAUGCCUUCGUUUCCAAGUGGACCAGAUGCGGCGCCCUUCACGGCGAUGGUACUGGUUGAGUUCGGUGAGGUGGGCAUGAUAACUCUGGGCAAAGCCGCCAUGAGUAGUGGCAUGAGCAACUUCGUUUAUGUUGUUUAUUAUAAUGCCCUCGGCACCUUCAUUCUUUUACAUUACUUCCUCUAUCACACCUAUAGAAGCAAGAGUCUUUCGCUUACUUUCCCUCUCCUUUGCAGAUUCUUUCUUCUGGGCUUACUUGGGAUUUGUUUUGUGCAGACUUUUGCAAUUACCGGGAUCAAAUAUAGCUCUCCAACUCUGGCUUCAGCUAUGGGUAAUCUCAUACCAGGAAUUACGUUUCUUCUUGCCAUCGCUUUCAGGAUGGAAAAGGUAGUUCUUAGAAGCAGAAGCAGCCAGGCUAAAAUCCUUGGUACAAUUAUAUCAAUAUUAGGUGCAUUUAUAGUAACUCUCUACAAGGGCCCCCCACUCAUGAGACCUUCAUCAACUUCUAACUCGUAUUUUCAUCUCCCUCUCUCACAAUACUCGAACUGGGCUCUUGGAGGCCUUCUCCUUACAGUCACUUGUGUAUCAUCUGCAACAUGGAAAAUUUUUCAGGCAGCAACUUUGAAGGAGUACCCUGACAAAGUGAGCCUAGUCUUUUUAUCGUGCUUUUUUGGGACCAUGCAAUGUGCUGUUGUCUCCCUAAUAGUGGAAACAGAUUCAGUGGCUUGGAAACUGCAACCUGGCAUUCAAAUGAUUGCUGUUGUUUAUGCGGCAAUAGUGGGAACUGUUUUUCGUUCCAGUGUUAUUGCUUGGUGUCUGUACAGGAAGGGGCCUGUCUUUGUAGCCCUGUUUAAGCCUGUUGCAACUGUUAUUUCAGUGUUCACCGCAGUUGUGUUACUCGGUGAAACCCCUCAUCUUGGCAGUUUGAUUGGAGCUAUUGUAAUAGCUUUCGGAUUUUAUUCUGUUAUAUGGGGGCAGGCCAAAGAAACCAACAUGACCGCUGGCAAUGUCACUAGCUUGGAAUCCAACCAGAAGUUUCCAUUAUUGAAAAAUACGCAGUUAUUGGGUUGGUUUUCCUUGGUGAUGCUCUAUAUCUUGGCAGAAAUUGGGUUCGCAUCAAACCUUGAGUGGGACAUAGUCAUUUGGCCUAAUAAUAUUAUAAAACUCUAUUUUUCCAAUAAAAAAAGGCCAAUAAACACUACCCUCUUCUCUUGUGGUGUUGUCACAGAGAGAAAGAGAAAGAGGAUGGCAUGGAGGUAUUGCUACGGAGAUGUGCUGCCCUUCACAGCCAUGGUGUCAAUGGAAUGUGUAAACGUCGGCUUAAAUACACUCUUCAAAGCAGCAACUUUACAGGGCAUGAGUUACCGUGUUUUUGUUGUCUAUUCUUAUGCAAUUGCCGCUCUUGUUCUUCUUCCUUUUCCGUUCUUCUCUUACAGAUCAACAGUUCUCCCUCCACUCACCUUCCCUAUACUUUGUAAAAUUGGUCUUCUUGGACUUAUUGGGAGUUCAUCCCAGAUCUUGGGUUACACAGGAAUCAGUUUCAGCUCUCCUACACUUGCUUCAGCAAUCAGCAAUCUCACUCCAGCUUUUACGUUCAUUCUUGCCAUCCUUUUCAGGAUGGAGAAACUAGCUUGCCGAAAAACAAGUAGUCAGGCUAAAGUACUGGGCACUUUUGUAUCAAUAGGUGGAGCGUUUUUGGUGACCCUCUAUAAGGGCCCUCCAAUUUUUAUGGUUUCAUCACCAGCUGUUCCUCUUGCUCAACCUCAAUCUUUACACUUAUCAAAUUCCAAUUGGGCCAUCGGUGGCCUUUUCCUCACAGCCGAGUAUAUUCUAGUGCCACUAUGGUACAUUGUUCAGACGCAAAUAAUUAAGGAGUAUCCGGCAGAGCUGACAGUAGUAUUCUUCUAUAAUUUAUGCGUAAGCUUCAUUGCAGCUAUUGUUGGAUUGAUAGCAGAAAGGGAUUCCAGUGCCUGGAAAGUGAGGCCUAAUGUAGCACUAGCCUCCAUUGUGUGCUCGGGACUCUUUGGAUCAUGCAUGAACAAUACUAUACACACAUGGGCGCUGCACCGGAAGGGGCCAGUCUUUGUAGCAAUGUUCAAGCCCCUAUCAAUCGCUAUUGCAGUUGCAAUGGGUGUGAUGUUUCUCAGAGAUACGCUGUAUCUUGGAAGUCUUAUCGGAGCAUCCAUAAUCUCUAUUGGGUUCUAUACUGUAAUGUGGGGAAAGGCAAAAGAAGAAAUCGGCGAAGAAUGUACUGGUUGUAGCCUCAAAUCACAAGAAGCUGCACAUAAAGUCCCUUUACUGCAAAACAAUAAAAACGAUCUUGUGUAGAGCAAAUAAAUGUUAAUGAAAGAAAAUAUAAUAUGAAUAGUGCUCAACAUCUCCACUGCCAAAUAUGGAUUCUUAGCACAGCAGGAUGUAACAUAAUUUAGAAGGGUUAGUAUGUCACAUGAAUCCAUCUCCUGUGCUA